AUGGCCCACGAUGAACUUUUCGAGGAUCCUUUUUCCGUAACCAGUUUGUUCUGUUCAUGUGUGUCAUCCAUUGUCGUCAUUGACAGGUUGAUUAUCCGGGAUCAGGCCGGCCGACCGUUGCCAAACAUCCAUUUCGCUCAUCUGACUCAACACUAUGCGCUCAGUUCUGCUCAUACUGCUUUUGAUCUCAGUGAUUACGAAGGUGUUGUGAAGACACUACAGGAUGCCGGCCAAACCAGUGUCAACUGGGUUGAGAAUGCAGCCCAAGACACUGGCAAAUUCUUGAAGCGCGCAGGGCAGGAAGUGAGUGAACAAGCGAAGGAAGCAUGGAAUACGGCUGGUCAAAAAGCUGAUGAGUUAGGCAAUAAGACGAAAGCAGCAGCCUCAAAUGUUGCUGAUCGCAGUGAAACUGCUGCAAAGGACGUUAAAAACUGGGCAGCAGGAGCAGUUGAUACGAUAAAACAGGGCGGAGAAGAUGCAGGUGGGCGGGGCUCUACCAACCUUCCUUAA